GGGAAGGGGGAAGCGCGGAGGCUGCCUGACUAGAAUGAGGGUAGCUCCGGCAACUGAGGCGGCGGGAGCGGGGCCGGCCAUGGCGGUGUGGACACGGGCCACUAAAGCGGGGCUGGUGGAGCUGCUCCUGAGAGAGCGCUGGGUCCGAGUGGUGGCCGAGCUUAGCGGGGAGUGUCUGAGCUUGACGGGCGACGCCGCGGCGGCCGAGUCGGAGCCCACUCUGGGGCCGGCGGCGGCCGCCUUCAACGGCCUCCCGAACGGCGGCGGCGCCGGCGACUCGCUACCUGGGAGCCCGAGCCGCGGCCUGGGGCCCCCGAGCCCCGGGCUGGGGCCCCCGAGCCCGCCUGCGCCGCCUCGGGGCCCCACGGGAGAGGCGGGCGCGUCGCCGCCAGUGCGCCGGGUGCGGGUGGUGAAGCAAGAGGCGGGCGGCCUGGGCAUCAGCAUCAAGGGCGGCCGCGAGAACCGGAUGCCGAUUCUCAUCUCCAAGAUCUUCCCGGGACUGGCGGCCGACCAGAGCCGGGCCCUGCAGCUGGGCGACGCCAUCCUGUCGGUGAAUGGCACGGACCUGCGCCAGGCCACCCACGACCAGGCCGUGCAGGCGCUGAAGCGCGCGGGCAAGGAGGUGCUGCUCGAGGUAAAAUUCAUCCGAGAAGUAACACCAUAUAUCAAGAAGCCGUCCUUAGUAUCAGAUCUGCCAUGGGAGGGUGCAGCUCCCCAGUCACCAAGCUUUAGUGGCAGUGAGGACUCUGGUUCUCCGAAACACCAGAACAGCACCAAGGACAGGAAGGUCAUCCCUCUCAAAAUGUGCUUUGCUGCUAGAAACCUAAGCAUGCCGGAUCUGGAAAACAGAUUGAUAGAGCUACAUUCUCCUGAUAGCAGGAACACGUUGAUCCUCCGCUGCAAGGAUACAGCCACAGCACACUCCUGGUUCAUAGCUAUCCACACCAACAUAAUGGCUCUCCUCCCACAGGUGUUGGCUGAGCUUAAUGCCAUGCUUGGUGCAACCAGUACUGCAGGAGGCAGCAAGGAAGUCAAGCACAUUGCCUGGCUGGCAGAACAGGCAAAGCUAGAUGGUGGGAGACAACAAUGGAGACCUGUCCUCAUGGCUGUGACUGAGAAGGACUUGCUGCUUUAUGAUUGCAUGCCAUGGACAAGAGAUGCCUGGGCAUCUCCAUGCCAUAGCUACCCUCUUGUUGCUACAAGGUUGGUUCAUUCUGGCUCUGGAUGUCGAUCACCUUCCCUUGGAUCUGACCUUACAUUUGCCACCAGGACAGGCUCUCGGCAGGGCAUUGAGAUGCAUCUCUUCAGGGUGGAGACACAUCGGGAUCUUUCCACUUGGACCAGGAUACUGGUACAGGGUUGCCAUGCUGCUGCUGAACUGAUCAAGGAAAUCUCUUUAGGCUGCACAUUAAAUGGCCAAGAGGUAAGAUUCACUGUCCACUAUGAAAAUGGGUUCACUAUAUCAAGGGAAAAUGGAGGCUCCAGCAGCAUAUUAUACCGCUACCCAUUUGAACGUCUGAAAAUGUCUGCUGAUGAUGGCAUCAGAAAUCUCUAUUUGGAUUUUGGUGGUCCUGAGGGAGAACUGACGGUGGACCUGCACUCUUGUCCAAAGCCGAUUGUUUUUGUGUUGCACACUUUCUUGUCGGCCAAAGUCACUCGCAUGGGACUGCUUGUAUGAGCAGCCAAAAGUCAGAAAAGAACCCUGUCACAAGAAAUAUUUCCACCUAAAAAAAAAAAAAAAAGAAGAAGAAGAAGAAAAAAAAAAGCACAAAAAGAAAGCUCUUUGCUCUCUCCUCCAGCACAGUGCCUUCCCAAGGACCUGCAAAUCACUGCGGAACCAUAACUGGGUUUAAAGAAGAGCCUACUUUGGUCAGAAAUUCAAGGACUCUAAUAAGCUCCAAAAUGAAGCUAUUGACAUCUCAUUUUAUAAUUUGGUUUAAAAGUAAUCAGGUUUAUUUUUCCUGUUAAAAAUGGGUGGCUCUUUUCUUUUUUGGACAUAAUCAAACAACCAAGAGCUGCAGGGUGUGUGUGUGUGUGUGUGUGUGUGUGUGUGUUGUGUGUGCGUGUGUUUUUUCUUCCUGUAAAAUUUGUUUUAGGCUUAACCUUGGUGUCUCACUUAGGAUGGUUAUCCCUUCCCAGGUGCUAGAGUACAGUUAUUGCUUCCUAGUCAUUCCAGAUGGUGGAUGCUUUAUUGUAGUGUAUUAUCAAAGCCUACUCUUUCAACCUUAAGAAGUCUCUGAGUUGUAUCACCAAAGGGUUCUUUCAUCUGUGCUGGCUCUUGCUACAUCCCAUCUGCCCAUCACUACUCACCUUAUCACCAGCUUUGCCACUCAUAAGUGCUACCUUUAGGACUCAGAACUUGCAAAUUUGAGUAGCCUUGCCUUGUACUCCUUUUCUGGUGGUGACCAAGUUGAAAAGCAAGUUGGGAUACCACUUAUUUGGAAGAAAAGUUUUUGCUUGUUUUAUUUUUUUCUGAUUUUAUAUUUGGUAGGAGCCAGGGGAUGUUAUAAGAUUUAUUUUAAAAGAAAAAUCCUCAUUUUAAGCUAAGCCAUCUUUUAUCACUUACCACAUGUGCCUUUGGUUAGGGUUAGUGGAACUUUAUGAGUCACUAUUUAAAUAAUUGGAUAUCACUGCCACUCUGGAUGUAUUAUUUUUCCUAGUUUAAUGACGUAGUCUUUGAGGUGGACUUUCUUAAUGGCAUCUUUUCUGGUGAAAGAUUUGUUUGAGGAAAAUAAAUCCAGAAGAACUAGCUUGUUUAAAGAGUAAGCUUUGUUGGUGAAGCCAGUUCUUUAGCACAGCAUCAUGUCAAGUUGCUUUGGAUUGUGUGAGACCAUACAGGAUUCUGGCCCUCUUUUGUGGCAGCAGAGUGCUAUAACACAUCCUGUGUAGAGGGCAGGGUGAUGAGACAAUGGCACAGUUACUUUCAUUUUAUUGAGUGUUGUCAGGUGUCAUCAUUAGGACAGAGUAGCUGUAGGACCACUGAUUUUUAUGGGUCUGAGGAAUCAUAUUCAGCUUACUUUCCCUAAUUUUGAAGGGAGUAUAUAUCUCUGAAAACAUUUUUAAGUAGUAUAAUAUCUAUAUAAAAUGUCAAGAUUAGAACAGUCCCUGAAUCUGGAAGAAGAGGAAACUUUGACUUAGAUAUGCUCUGUGGUCUCUGAACAAUGGUCCAGGAAUAGUUCUCAUUUUCUAGAUUUAUCCAGAGUGCCACAUAGGAAUGUGAGCACUAUAGAGGGUGAAGGAGGGUGGUACUCCAAAUGGGUGGGAAGAAAAAGGAAAGAAAACACAACUUUUCAUGCAAAACUUGAGCUGUUUUGUUUGAAUGCAUACUGACCAAUAAGUGGGCCACAUGAGAGCAGACAUUCUAGCAGAUGCUGUAACCCCACUGUCCUCCCUCUGCCCAUAUAAAUAGUUCCUUCUUACCCUAUGCUGUGAGAUUAACAGUAUUUAGAGCUUAUGGAGAGAUAUUUAUCCUACCCCCAGCUUCAAGUAGGUGUUGAAGCUCCAAAAAUGAUUGAUCUGAUCCACUUAAAACUGGAAAUGAAAAUAUUGACAAGAAUAUCUUUCAGGAGUGCCCCCCAACACAUACCCUGGUACCAGGGAUUGCAUCUAGGAACAUUCUACCACUGAGCUACAUCCCCAGCCCUUUUUAUUUUGAUUUAGGAUCUUGCUAAGUUGCUCAGGCUGGACUCGAAUUUGUGAUCCUCUUGCCUCAGCCUCUGGAAUAACAGGGGUUAUAGGCAUGUGCCACUGUAGUCAGCCCAAAAGCUUUUUGUUUUGAAAAUUCAGAAACCUGUGAUGGUUCCAUCUGAGAUAUAUAUGUAAUUGACAGGGGGAAAAUGUUUUGAAGGUCCAUCUCUGAUUUCUGGAAGCAAAAGUUCAACAAAUAAUAAGCUCAGGUAAGAGCUUGGAUAUUCAUGUUAUGGUGAGAAGUUGAAUGACACAUUCACAGAUGUCAAUAGCAAAACCAUCUGGUUGAAGUUUUUGUGUUGAUGUGAAAGUCUAAGCCACAGAGAUCCGCAGGAAAUUUUUGAGCCACCCUGCUCAUUACUAAUAUCAACAAGAUCUGUAAAAUAGGUGUGGUUAAACAUUAUAACAAAGCUUUUGGGCAGGAGAGAAAGAGAGGGCAUUGUGCAUUUCAGCUCGUUUUGCUCAAGUUUAAACUGCCACACAGGACCAGGCGUAGUAGCACACAUCUGUAAUCCCAGUGACUUGGGAGGCUAAGGCAAGAGGAUCUUGAGUUGAAGUCCAGCCUCAGCAACUUGAUGAGAUCCUUCUCAAAAUUAAAAUAAUAAUAAUAAUAAUAAUAAUAAUAAUAUCAAUGACUGGGGAUGUAGCUCGGUGAUAAAACACCGCUGGGUUCAAUCUCUAGUAAUGGAAGGGGGGGAAAUUUUAUAUAUAUAUAAAUAUAUAUAGACACACACAAAAACCUGUCAUAGCAUUGAGGCUCACAGAGUUUUUAAUAAUAAUUUCAGUUUUAUAUAAAAUGAAAAUAUAUUUUGUCCACUAACAAGCCCCAAGAGCAAGAGCCCUUAGCUGCUUGUUUUACAUUUUGACAGCUUUCUUGUCAUAGUCAAUAGAGGUUGUUUCCAUUAAGUGUGUUGUGGGAAUUUCAAAUCAUAAAUGAAGUGCUUUUUAUGAUGAAACACCUUGAUAUAUAUGAAUUUUGUAUUUAGAUGCCAAAAUAUGGCAAGUUAUUUUCAAAUAUCUAAAAAUGGGCAUUUUUAUAUUCCACCUCUUUAUAGAACCAUUAAAAAUUUCAUCUUUUUCAUUGUGAAUUCAGAAAAUUAUUGAGGAUGUUGAGGGCUCUCGUGUAGAAUAGAAAGGAAACUGCAGAGUGAUGUGGCCCCCAAGACUUGGGACUUAGGCAUCUUCUCCACAUUCCACACAGAUGACUAUACACAGCCAGUUUGUGUAUAAAACAUCUUCCUCCUCUUUCCCUGAAACUUCUUUCUUUCCAUAAAAAGAAAGGGAACAAAAUCAAUAAAAUAAAGUCUCCAUUUUUCUCUUUAAAAACAUUAAGUCCUUUCCUGAAGUGAUUAAACAGACCUUACCUGGAAAUUAGUAUCUAAUAUUUUAUAUGAAGUGAUGCAAAAUGUGAAUUUAUAAAGUAUUUUUUAGAUAGUUGUGACUGUAAACUCACCUAGUAGAGUUUCAAAUUAAAUAUUGGGACAUGGGUAGGCAAUCAAAAAUAUUAUUUAAAUUUCAUUCACCUGUAUGUUUAGUAAUUUUUAGACUAGGAAAAGUCUGAUAGCGUGUGUGUUUAUCACCUGCAAUUCUCAUAAACUGUGUUACUGAAAAUUAUUUAUGGCAAGAGAGACUGAAUUAUUUCUUACUUUUUUGUAAGUUAAAAAAAAACAAAAAAACUAUUCAACAGAUGGCUAACAUUGUUACUGAUUGCUUUCCUAACUUAUCCUCCUAAGAGGAAUGGUAACAAAGCUUUUCUUCAUCUGAUCAAAUGUAUUUAGCUGAUAAACCAAAAUUUAUUCUUUAAAUGAAAAAUUUAGGCUGUGUGGAAUCUGGACAAGAUUAUGUUUCUACCAGAAACAAGUUUCACUGUAAAUGAUUUUUGAUGGACAAAUGUGUGAGAAAAGUUUUUGAUGGAUUUUUUUUUUUAAUUUUGUGAGAAACUGAAGGUCUUCUUGUUUAAUUUAUAUGCAUAUGGAUAUAUUUUCAAAACCAUGGAAGAAUCUGUCCAUGUUUUUUAAUGCAAAUUACCCACAAAGCUGCUAUGCAAAUUGUACUAAAAGCCCUACCUACUUAAAUAGUUAAACCUUUUUGAAACUUUCAGGGAAGACCUUAGACUCAAGCACUUUUUUGUAUCUUAUCUUGGACACAUACUUUAAACUAUGUUCUUUUUUUCACUGGUUGUAAGCUAUUGAUUGUACAUAAUAUUUAAACUAUCCAAAUAUCCAGCAUACAUUUCCAUGUGGCUGCCAUCUGCUAUAGAUGCCAUGGAUGAAAUGGCUGGUUAGAUAACCAAAGUUAUUUUUUUUUUUCCAUACCUAAUGAAGAAGUAAAAUGCCAGAUCUCUCUGUUCUCAAAGCAAAUUGCUUGGCUCAGAUCUUAAUAUCUGUGUAAUAAAAAGAGACAUUUAAAUUUGGGAUUCUGCAUAAAAGUCAAGUUCAGUUUGACCAAAGUCACAUUCAUUAUUUUUAUGUAUCUCUAUCAGGUAUAAUAUUACUAGUGUCAGGUGGUAUUAUAUUGUAUAUUGAAAUCCCAGUUAAAUUUUGGUUGUUAUUGUGUCUUUUCUCCCUGCCUCUGCUGCACUAAAAAGGAGAGAAAUCUGUCAUCUACCACCAUUCUCUUUGUGCCCUUUAUUUUAAUUGUUUCAAUCUAGAAUAAUUUUGUCUUUUCACAUAUUGUCUUUAAAAGCUGAUAGCAAUAGUCUGCCCUCCCUCCUGUUCCUUUAUCAUUUAUUGUGUUGGGUACAUACACAUUUAUAAAUUUGUGAUGACAGUUCUAAAGUCAUUAUGCUUUAUAUCAGGAUUCUGUGUUUUAGGUUAGUAUAGUUAUUCCUAUGUUUUUUUUGUUUUGUUUUGUUUUUAAUUUUUUUAGUUUUCGGCGGACACAACAUCUUUAUUUGUAUGUGGUGCCGAGGAUCGAACCCGGGCUGCACACAUGCCAGGCGAGCGUGCUACCGCUUGAGCCACAUCCCCAGCCCUAUUCCUAUGUUUUAAUUAUGUUGAGUGGAAUUUAUUUUACUGCUUUAGGUGACUAACCCUUUUUUAAAAAAAAGAACAGAAACAUCUGGUAGAUCAGUGAUAUAAAUUUGUUCUAUUAAACGAUAGAAUUUCAAGUUAAGAAUAAGGUACAAUAAAUAGACACAUAGAGCACAUCUGUUUUCUUGUCUCUUUGACACUGGCUAAAUUGCCAAUUAGAAAAAUGUUUGUUAGGUAUUAUCUUGCAAGAUUUUUUUUGUGUGUGGGGAUUGGACUCAAGGGCAUUAUGAACACUGUACUACAUCCCAGUCCCUUUUUUUGUUUGUUGGCUUUGAAACAGGGUCUUGCUAAGUUGCUGAGGCUGCCCUUGUACUUGUGAUCCUUUUGCCUCAGCCUUCUUAGUUGCUGGGAUUACAGGCAUGCACAACCAUGCCCAGCUAGAUAUUAACUGACAAGAAUUUUUCAACAAGGUUGUUGUUGUUGUUUUGGUGCUGGGGGUUGAACUCAGUGACUUGAGCAUGUUAAGCAUAAGCUCUGCCACUGAACUUUACCUUUAGCCCUUCUUUUACUUCAAUAUAUAAACUUGAGCAUAUCUCUUGCCACCUAUAUUCUUCUUUCCCACUUCAGGUGACUAAACCAGAGCAUAUUCUAGUUUUAGAUGUGAAUUCAUAUCCAAAUAUAAUGCAUAAGUAUACCUUUUGCAAAUUAUCGCAUGCUAUCCAAUGACCAUUUGACUAUAUUCAACAGAAGUCUACCAUAUGAACUUUAAUCCUUGAAUUGCAAUCUAAUUGAAUUGAAAUUGAAUAGAUUGGUUAUUGAGACCCUGUCUCAAAAUAAAAUUUUAAAAAGGGCUGGAGAUGUAGCUCAGUAGUAAAGCACCCAUAAGUUCCAUGUCCAGUACCAAAAAAAUAAAUAAAAUAGAUUGGUUGAAACUAAAAAAUGUAACAUAGAAAUGAUACUUACAUAUUUUAAGACUAGGAAUUUUAAGACUAGGUUAGAAUUCCAAAUUCUGAGUCCUCCAAGUUCCUUUCUCAGUUUUGCAGUAGUCUCGUCUCCAUAGCCAUUGAUACAACACUGGUUUUGAGGCUCUUUUUAUUUUUUAAGUUUGAGACAGGGUUUCAAAGAGUUGUUUAGGGCCUCGAUAAUUUUUUGAAGCUGGCCUCAAACUUGUGAUCCUCCUGCUUCAGUUUCCCAAGUUGCUGGGAUUAUAGGCAUGCACUUUCACACCCAGCUUGAGUCCCUCUUUAUCCCAGUCAUUCUAUACACACACAUACACACACACACACACACCCUUGGAAUGAUUAUUCUGUCACUUCUUUCAGAGUGAUAGAAGACUCUUACAUAUACACAAAAGGUUCUUUGGGAACUUGGAGAGUUUGAAACUGUGAAUAAUAAUGACAUAUUCAUAUAUUCUUUCACCUGACAAGUAUUUAUUAAUGUACAGUUCUGUACCAACCAUUUUGAAGAGUCCAAAAGAAACUUCCUCCCUUCAAAUAGUAUAUAAUCCAUUAUUUCUCAGUCACCUCAUUACCAUCGCUUUAUCAAUCAGUAGCUAAGUGAUUAACCACUUCAUAUUUUUACCACAAUAGAUCCACUGCUCUGCUUAUCUGGAAGACAUUUGAAGGGAUGUUCUGGCUUUGACCCAUACCAACACAAAAGGAUCCUAGCAUAUUAAAGUAGAUUGGUCUUCAUGCUUAAUUUUAUAAAAUUAGACUUUAGUUUGGGAGAGAGAAUAGUGUACAGUAUCCCUAAUAAAAAUAAGCCCUAUUGCUGAAAGCGGAUCAAUGGGAAAGGUUUAACUGUAAACUGCACAACUAAUUGUGUAUUUCUUCAACUUUUAUUUUUAAAUUUUGCUGACCCAUUUAUUUCCACAUUUAAAUCAUUUCAGCAUCUCAUUUGCUAAAAAGUUCCACACAUAUGAUAUAUGGAGUGUUUCUCCAUUAUUAAUCCAUUGAAUUAAAGAAAUUUAAAGCUUAACAGAAGGAAAUAAAAGAAGUUGAUUGAUUUUCCAUAAUUUUCAUAGAGUAACAGUACCUUUCUAUCCAUAAGCUCAGCUUUUAAGGCAAUAUAUCCUUACUUGUGCCCAGAAAGUACCUGAGCUAUCUGUGAGAGAAUGUCAUAGGGCCUCUUUCCCUUUGGUUCUGAAGUGUCCUGGAGUUGUACACAAAAAUUAGGUCAUGCCUUCUGAGUCUCAGUCUUGUCUUUAAACCUGCGCUUUGAAAAUCAGGUGCUUAUGACUGUUUUAUUGAAACUAGCCCAUAAGUAUUGUGUAAAUGUCUGUUCCUCUUAGGUUGGAAGAACUUCUGUCUCAGUCCUGUUAGAGUGGGUGUCAGUUAUCUUUUCACCUUUGUGAAUUCAUAGAAUUUGAAGAAGAGGAAAUUAAAUUUGCAUAAUCACCAGGCUCCAUGAUCUCACCUAUAGCAAUCUGUCCUGAUCAUAAGAACUAGUUUCAGAAUUUUUUUCAAUACAGGAUGUCAGUGUUACGUUUACAGUUUGUUGGAUGAGUUCAUCAUUAGAAGACCUUUAUGCCCAAAGAAUGUUUCCUUUUUGGUACCAGAUCUGAGGUCUUUUAGAAGAUAAUGUGGGAGCCAUGUGUGGUGAUGCAUGCCUGUAAUCCCAGAAACUCUGGAGGCUGAGCUAGGAGGACUUCAAGUUCAAGGCCAGCCUCAGCAACUUAGCAAGUCCCUGAGUAAAUUAGUGGCACCCUUUCUCAAAAUAAAAAAUAAAAAAAGACUGGGGAUGUAGCUCAGUAGUGCCCUGGGUUCAAUCCCCAGUUAAAAUAAUAAUAAUAAUAAUAAUGUGGGAAAGCACUACCUAUUAAGGCUUAUUUUGGUUAAUCUCUGCAAAUUCUGAUAAUAUCCACUUGUAUGUAUUCUUUCCCACACUACUUUCAUUUUUGAUAAACGCAAAGACUUAGAAAGCUAGAAUAAUACUUAAACAGAUAAUUAGAAGUAUGUGAUUUUGUUUUUUUCUUCUUUUUAGAAUACCAUACUUAAGACUUCUACUUUAUAAGUCUUGUUUAAAAUCUAACUCUUGAAUCUUCUGUCUACCAAAUUUUAAAAAAAUGGCAUAAAACAGGGCAGUAUUUGUGUUCUUAAUUAAAAAAAAAAAAGAGCUUUAUGUAUACUCUAUAUAGAUGCAUAGACAACACUUGCCCUUGAGUUGCACAUCAACACAUAGCAUUGUAUAUUACAAUGAAAAUUUGUAACUUAAGGGUAUUAUAUAUAUAUAUAUAUAUAUAUAUAUAAAAAUACAUAUAUACCUUUAUAAUCUUUAUACUGUAAAUAAAAAAUUACUUUUAGACUUGUA